AUGUCACGUGGUUCUUAUGUUCGGCUUUGCACACAUUUUAGAGUAAAAAAUUGGUUAAAGGAUAGUAAACAUAUAUCGGUUGAAGAGAAGAUGGCGAUGUUCUUGAUGAUGAUCGGUCACAAUCAACGUUAUGUAAUCAUCAAACGUAGAUUUCAACACUCAAAACAAACGAUUCAUAAGUAUUUUUACGAAGUAUUGGAUAAAAUGAUGGUGUUCGCAAAUGAAAUAAUAGUACCAACUUCCUUUAAUCCAAAUCCAAAUGUUCCGGGACAUAAUAGGAGGUUACGAAGGAUUUUCAAAGGAGCGGUUGGUGCACUUGAUGGAACUUUGGUACAUGCUAUUGUCCCUCUCGACAAACAACAUUUGUAUAAAGGAAGAGGAAAAGGCGACUGUUAUCAAAAUGUAUUGGCAAUAUGCGACUUCAAUAUGAUUUUUACAUUUGUCGUGGCUGGGUGGGAAGGGAUAGCACAUGAUUCAAGAAUAUUAUCAGAAGCUUUAACAGAUCGAGAUGCACCAUUUCCAUUUCCACCGCCAGGUAAGUAUUAUCUUUGUGAUGCUGCGUAUACACACACCCCGAGGAUUUAUGGCUCCUUAUCCAAUAAUGUACGAGAUGAUGAUGAUGAUGAGGAGGAGGAGGAUGACGUGGAUGAGGUACAACCACACAGAAGUGCAAGAGACCGGGAAUAUAUGGUUCAUCUACGAGAUCAAAUUGCUGACCAGUUAAUGCGAAAUGUAGAAUGA